AUGUGGAUGGUAGUGCUUACGCUGCUACUGUGCUCGCUCGUAGCUUUCUUGGCGUUCGGCGAUAUCUUUCUGACGCGGCUGUUUCGUUUUUUUUCGGCUUCGGUCGUGGGAAAAAGCUUUUGCAUCGUCUGGUCGCUGCGUGAUGGAUCAUUAGAGAUGAAGCGCCUUCUCCUAAUUGCACCUUUCUGGGGACCCCUUGUACGGUUAGCAACCGGUCAGCUCGUAAAUUCAGACCAUGCGCUCACUAAGUCCAAAGUUUUAAUUGACGGCCUGCGCCUUGGUCUGACUCUCGACGCCGCUGAGAAGUGGAUGUGGCACCGCGAUGAGAACGCAAGGCGCCGGAAAGACGCAGUCGAAGAGGCGGUUCAGGCACGAAUAGCGCGCGUUAAUGCCUGGACGGCUACAAUUGUUCAAAAACUGAAGGAUCUUGCGUCUCUUCGCGAGCAAAUUCGUAAUGUGGAGAAAUUGCAGGCUCAAAGAAUAAAAAAUGUCAGAGCUGAGGCGGCAGAGAAGCCUGCGUUCUGGCACGUCUGGGUAGACAAGCUGCUAGACUCAUUUGAGUUUGCGUUGCAGUCGUUUUCGCUUGUCGUUUGCGAUGAAUACUCCGGGGCCACUUUAGGAAUUGCGAUAGAGGGUUUCGAGAUGGGUCAGAGCGCUCCGACUAGUAAAAUCCCACGUAAGCGCAGUAUGCGAUUGGUGAAUUUUGGAAUGUAUCUUAAUCCGAAGCCUGGAUGCAACUUGAAUGCUUGUCAUUUAAUUGCUCCGCUUACGCUGGAGAUUGGCGUUUGCUUGCCUUCUAUACUUCAAUCGCUCGUCAUGGGAUCAGGUCCUAAGGAACGUGCUCUGGAACUUGAAGUUUUAUUUGCAAGAGAUCAAAACUGUGAAAUUGAGCUGCGUCCUGCUCAAGUAAAUAUUCUCUUGAAAUUGCUGCAGCCAAUAAAUUAUUACUAUGAUUGGCAAACGGCAGUCACCGUCGAAGAUGACCUCGCAUGCUUAGAGCUGGACCCAACCGAGUCGGAGGAGUACAUGUCGCUCUUCGGUCAGCAGUGGAAACUCGAUAACGAGACUAGUUUACUGCGUCGGAUGUACGAGGGAUACAAGCGAAAAGAUUCCAUUGACAAGCGAAAGGCUAGAUUAGAUGAGCUUGCAGUGAAAGUUCUUGCUACGCGCCUCCUUUAUUUGCGCUCACUGUCGCUCGGCUGGGAAAUUCCAAAUGCAGGCACGCCGUUGUUAUACGUGAGUGAAGAAGAUAUAGAAAGAGGAAAUUUACGUCAUUUUGCGAGAAAUCCGGUUGAUCAUUACGUGGACAAAGAAAAGCUGCCGGAGUCUCCAUCAUUAUUCCAUUUAUUCCGAAUGUCCUUCAAGAUGAAAAGACUGAACAUUCAAAUAAUUGAAAAUAAUGAGAACAAGCUGAUGACUGUUUUUGUGCAAGAUGUAAGCUGUGAAUUACGCUAUCGAAUGACAACGAUUGACAAAAAGGAUACUGCUGUUGAAAUAGCGCUAGAUGUUAUGCGUUUUGGCUUGGUGGAUAAUCGCGACGCUCCGACAAAUGUAUUUCGUCAGAUAUUGGAUCGCAAUCCGGACGCGAAAAGAAUGAUGACUGUUGCUGUUUCGCAGCGAGGGGACGGUCACAUGGACCUCGAACUGACUUUUAAGGAUUUUUCGCUGUUAAUUGUGUUUGAUCCGUUGUUGUACUUAGUGCAUCAAUUUUUGCCUGCAAUUGGUGAAAAUGAAGCGGAACAAAUGCGCUUUAUUGCGUGUGAGAAGGCAAAUAGCAUGGAUUCACCGGAAUCGCGAGAUGCCGCAAUCAACAUAUAUGAGGAAGAUAUUCCAAAAUCUUAUUCGCCUUUACUGCUUGGUGGAAUGCCGCUUGGAUGUAGCAUUGUUUUUCAUGGCUGUGAAUUCUGUCUUGUUGGAGAUUCCAAGACGCUCAAAACGCCUGUCUUGGCCUUUACUGCUGACACUAAUCUUCGAGUCCUAGGAUCGGAGCGCUCGGAGGCCGUAGAGCUCGAGCUGGUGGACGUUGCUUUGACUCCUUGUACGAUUAUUCUUCGCGACGACAGCAUUGAUCUAGACAUUGGUGAUUUGAGGACCAUUUUAGAAAUUGAGGGUGAAGGUGUUGAUUUCUCAAUGGGUUAUCGAGUUGCUGUGGGUGACCCGAAUAAAGACUCGUCUAUAAGCGGUAUCAAAGCGUCGGAAAGUGCUAUUAAGACCGCGAAGAGCAUGUGGAAUGUUGCUCGCAAAGCUGCUUCGAACCAACAAGUAAUUGAAGUCGAUCAUGCAGAAAUUGAUAUGAACUCUAGUAGCAGGGAUCGCAAAAAAGCUGGUGCCCGUCGGAAGCUGACAAUGCAAAUGUCUGACUUUGCGAUGAAUCUGUCUCCGACUGACUUAAGCAUCAUUUUAAGCAUUAUGGCAUCGCUCACUGAAGCGAUGAAGGAGGAUAUUGAAGUCAUUACGGAGCGAGAAGAGAGCGAAGCCCGAAUGAAGGAAGCAAGGCGUGUUGUUGAAGAGAACCGCUACAUGGAUCGACUCAAGAAGGAAUUUAAGCUGCGUGACACCGACGGUGGCGGGACGUUGGAUGUGUCGGAGAUUGGCGACCUACUGCGAAGUGCGACUGACUGUGGCAACCUGACAAAGAGUGAAUUUAAUGCAACCGUAGCAGACUUUGUCAACAUUGUAGACUGUGAUGGUAGUGGAGACGUGUCCCUUGAAGAAUUUGAAAGUGCUCUGAGCAGAAACAAAAUAUUGUAUCCGCGUCUUCACCAGAAAGUGGUUGCUCUCACUGGCCAAGAGUACGUCCACCCCGAUAUGCAAAGGAAUAAAGUGCCUUACAUUUCAGGGUCCAAGGCGAACACACUUGCAAAUGCUGCAGCUCUUGUUUCCUUUUGGGAGCGCUACGAGGAUCAAAUUGGUGCUACAAAGUCAUCGUUGAUGGGACAGAGACCAAUUAUCGUCCAGAAAAAAAUGGUUCGUGCAUUCGAAAAUUACGAGUAUGCUCAGGAGGCGUGGAAUCGAAUUAUAAACCCGUCUUUGAUUAAACCGUCUGAGCAGAGCCCUUGGUUGCUUAGUAUGGAGAUGGACAUGGGAGGCCGAGGAGACGUGAUUGAUCAGUUGCUGUCAAGUCUGAAUAAAGAUUGCCACGAUCAAAUUGUGAACCCUGGAUCACGUGAACAGCAGACUUUUGUUCAAACCGUUCUAUUUACAUCGUUUGGUGGAUUCUACUUGCGACUUAUUGACGACAUGUUGCCCAUGGGAAUACCAGCAAUCGAGAUGUGUUUGGAAGAACUGGGCGUUUACGCGAAUUUCUCGAUAUGGGAGGGCGAAUCGUCUGGCUCUGUGAUUGAUUCUAGGGAACAAGAGCGAUGUGGGAACAGUUUUGGAAUAGCCAAAAUUACUUUUGAUCUUUACGGCAAUUAUUACAAUACUAAAGCGCGUCAAGUCGAACCAUGUCUAGAGUUUUACCAAGGUAUUUUGGAUGUAAGAAAAGAGCCCGGUGCUCCAUGUACAAUCAUUUACUCGUCAGAUCAUUAUUUUCAAUUGAACAUAACUCAUGCUUUCAUGGAAGCGGUAAAUUCAAACAUGGCCGCUUUCUCGAAGGUAGAAAAUCGUGCUGAAGCUGAACGUCCGCACGUCAAAGAAAUUGGCGCUAUUUUUUGGAUGUUAAAUGAAAGUGGAGUUAAUGUUAAAUAUUACAUGGUGGCAAAGAAAGUAGCAAAGGAGUGUGUGCGGGAAGAAAUAGUGACAGCAGUCACUGCUGUUCCAUCUGGUGGGGCACAUGCAUGUAAGCUUUUGAGUAGCUGUGAGGCAGAAGAACACGAGCAACAAAAUUUAAAGGAGAAGCAGCUUCGUCAAGCUUUCAGAAGUGCUGAUCAUGAUGGAAGUGGAGAAUUAGAUACAGAGGAAGUGCGUGCUGUGCUUCAAAGCGUUUAUGAAGAGGAAGACAAACAACGAAGAACGUCAGGAUCAGGAGCUUCAUCUUUACCCAGACGCACUAGUAGCAGCGUUAUGGAAAGUGAGGUGGACUUUGCCAAAGCUGUAGAAGACUUCAUCGCGCUGGCUGACACGGACAAAUCUGGACAGGUUUCGUGGGAAGAGUUCAAAAGCGCAAUAACGAAGUCGAGAGCGAAAGUUGAGCGCUACCUCACUGUUGAAAUCGAAGGCUACCGGACGAUUCAAGAUAUUCCGUUGAUGUCGAUUGGCCAAACUCAAGUAUUUGAGUUGACACCAUUUUUUGAAGAUGUCGAAUCUGAGAACUCGAUUGCAGUGUUGUACGACCUUGGAGUGGCUCUUUUGACGAAAAUAGAAAAGCUGACACGCCACGAGCUGCAGAAAGCGUACGCUUGCUUGCUUCGCGUGAAGGAGCUCGAUCCUAAUUACGAAUGGAUUGACUCUUACUACGCCGACUGCAUGCGCCAGUAUGUCCCUGUGCUAGCUGCAAUUCAUAUAUCCGUCGACGGUUUUUAUGGUCUGCAAGUGAAAAUUUCCGGUGGCGAAAGUAUUCGCAAUGGAACUGUGAAGGAUACGGAGCUGCUCAUGUACAACAACCAAGGGGAUAUAGCAGCUUGUAAUCCAAAGCAAGAGUGUGGACAAUACUUUUAUAUGCUUUCGGCUCUUGCUACGAUUAGUAUUCCUCUGGACCUGGUUGGAGCUGGGUACUUCGCCAUUCGUCAGAGGGGGGAAACAGACUGGAGCAACAAGUUAGAAUUAUCCGUCUCGAAUCAGCGGUUAUUCAAACAGUUGACAAGAUUUGAGCAGCUAGAGGCCAAAAAGGCUUUGCGAGGUGAAAGUAAUAGCGCAGUAUCAUCUACGAAACGUGUGAAAGAAAAGUUGGGUACAAAUGCCGCCCUUCCCGACCCAAACGAGUUCAUGCCUGUUGGUAAAGAAGUGGUUUACCCAUCAUCGAGUUGUAUAGACAAUCAGCCAACUGUCGUAAUCGAAACAAUUUCUGCCAAUGAAUCUCGCUUAGGAACCUGGUCACUGACGAUUCAGCCGCAAUUGGUGCUCCACAAUGUUUUGCCUUGCAGUGUUGAAUACGCAAUUGUUCAGCCUGAUGAUUGCCCACCUGAUACACUUACAAGUAUGGGGACGUUUCGCCUUGUUGACGACCCUGAUAAGGACAAGAAAUCGCGAUCUGUGAGGGUUCUGGGCUCUAUCGAUUACUUUCGAUUCGUGAACGAAAUCAACUGUCGCAAAAUGUGGAUUGAAAGCGGCAAAACUGUUCAAGUUUUCGGUCUGGAUCUGAGCAAACCCGCUUUGAUGAUAAUGCGACUCUGUGCUAGUGAGACAAAUCGUGCUGCGACUUGGAGCACACCAUUCUUAUUGCAUCUUGAGACUGAUCGUCAUGCAUUCAAUGAGAACGAGUUCGAGCUGCAAUUUGAUGAUGGUCCAAGUUUCAUUUUUCACCCGCAGUGGGAGGAGAAUGCUGCUCGCUCUGUUUUUUUUUACUCACCGUUCUGGGUUCAAAAUCGAAGUGGAUUGGAUCUACGCUUCAAGUUGCAACGGGGACGCUCGUGUACCGUGGAGCAGCAUCGUGCUUUCUUUCCUGAUGCCAAGGAGAUUCCUUUGAUGGUUACCGCACCGCCUGAUAAGGCUCUUAUUAGCGUAUGUCCAUAUCAAGAAACACCUUAUAUGUAUGAAGGCGAAUCCUUAGUCUCUGGAAUGAUCAAAAAGUAUCUGCCAAACUUUGAAGACUUGGGUUGGUCUGAGGCCGAAGACUUGUCAGCCGUGGGCAGAAAGGGAGAGCUUCGCCCUAACGGAUCUGGAAAUUAUUCUUUUGUACUUGCAUUUGAAAUCCAGGCGGCACCAGCACAGUUUUUCCGGUCGAAAAUUCUCGUGAUUUCUCCACGAUUUGUGGUCUUAAGUACUGUGCCGCGAAAACUACAGAUGACCCCGAUUAUAUUGGACAAGAAGGGCAACCGUGGCAGGGGUCGAUCUAAGGAGACUAAUUGCACCCUGAAAGAAGGUGAGGCAGUUGUGAUUUAUCGCUUUAGAGGCCCGGAGAAAUACGUCGCUGGUUUGCGUAUUCGUGACAUGGCAAAUGAUGCCCAAGACUUGGGCGAUUGGAGUCCAAAUAUACCGCUAUUUAAGCUAGCUUCGAAGCUCAGUGACCCAAACGUAGUUUACAACAUGUCAGAAGACAUGGUGUUCUGGACUCGCGGAUGCUUAGGUGAUGGUCCUGUUUGCAGCGUCAGCUUGCAUGAGACAUCAGAGACAAUUUUUGCUACAGUUAGAGAUAUUUCAGCAAACCCAAAUUAUCGCAUUGAAAAUCGUUCGACGCGUUACUCAUUUCGCUACGUUCAAUAUGGGGUAAAGACAGCAGAGGAAAUCGUUUUGGGACCAUUGGAAAGCCAUACAUUUGCUUGGGAAGAUCCAAAUGGAGACUUAGAACUGCGUGUGACCGCAACCCACUGGAAGGUUCCAACGACAGUAAAUUUUAUGCAAAUUGGAGAAGUAAAGCAUGCGCCUCAGGGCCUUUUUGGUGAAGUGUACAUUGAUAAUUCGACACGAGUCUUUGCCUUGGGAGAUACCAAAAUAUAUUCAGAAGUCCGACAGCGUCCAUUCGUUAAUGACUGGCUUACUAAUACUGUGAUUGAUGUGUCAAUGCACGGACUUGGUAUCACACUGGUGGACGAGCAACCACGAGAGGUUUUGAACAUUACUAUGGAAACCAUUAUGAUAUAUUCGAAGGCUCUGUCUAGAAGCGUUUCUUUGAUUGUUCAUCACGUUCAGUUCGAUGAUAUGACUCCGCAUUCUCCGUAUCCUGUCGUGUUUGCUCCUCUCGACAGUGGAUUUAACAGUGACAAACGUGAGGGGUGGCUGCCUGGUGAUGGAGAACGUCCAUUUUUCACGCUGAGUUGUGAAACACUUCCACAAACUGGAAUUGUCAUUGUUAAUGAUUUCGAUUUGCAAUUGGGAUCUAUGGCAGUUAAGUUGAGACUCGAAUAUUUGUUUGGGUUAAGCAACUUGUUAUUUCAGUUCAUUCCAGGAAGUGAUGAAGCUACUAUACUACAGCAAGGCUUGGAAGCCAAGAAUACGAUGCUAACCCCAAAUGUUCCCAUUCCAGAUGGCUCGAUGUCAGCAGGCACACUGAUGUUUUUCAAGCGCUGGCACAUGAGUGAAUUUGAAUUUGACUUAGUGUUUGAUUCAUUGCAAGAAGAUAAAGGGGAAGGCAUUACCGCAAUUUUAGGCAAUACCUUGGGAAGUAUCGUUGGUGGAAUUGCCCACGUGACACCAGAAUUUCACUUCAGUGAAAUAAUUUACCACAAUCGUUUUUUUAAUGAAUACGAUUUAAUUUAUGAUGUAGUAUUGAAGAUUGUUUACUCGGUUAUUGGUCAAUGGUACAAGAUCGUUGGCAGCGUUGAAAUGUUGGGUGAUCCAGUUGGACUCGCAACAGACAUUGUGGAUGGAUUUGCGCUGGCGGCACGCCAAUUGAAACGCGAUGUUAAGGGUAAGAGUCGCCGAAAAGGCCAAAGUGCCGUAACCGUCGUUCAAACUGUCUUUGGCGUGCCGCUGAAAUCCAUUGGAAAGGUAUCAAAUGGCCUGGGUGACGUGGUGAAAAAAGCGACGAAAUUUGAAAGCCAAGAGGAUGGUAAUGAGCCCCGCCACAUUCCCGAAGGUUUUGUACAGGGUGGCAAGGUUCUUGGAAAGAGCAUUGCCUAUGGAGUUACGGGCUUUGUCAAAGAACCCGUCCGCGGAGCUAAAAGGGGUGGUGUUAAAGGAUUUGCGAAAGGUAUCAGCCGUGGAACUUUGCAACUUGUGGCAUCUCCAGUUGUCGGUACCCUAGGCGUGGUCGAAAAGUUAUCACAGUCCGUGAACAAUACGACACACUUGAUGGAUGAAAAGCAUUUUGAAGGUACUCGCCGACCUGCGCGAAACCUACAAGCAGGAUCACUGAAGCAGCUUUCAGACUCUAAUGUAAUUACUGAGGUGGAAGUGCACUGCUUACAUAUCGACGGUUUGCCUGACAACGUGAAUCCGAAGGUUGUGGUACGCGUAUACUCACAGACAGACGGCCAUCCUGCAAAAGAUCUAGGACUGUACAAAUCGUCGACAGCGCAUCACACUAGCGCUCCUAAAUAUGACCAGUCGUGGCUGCUAAGUGUGACAUCGGCGGAUACUUAUAUCGAGGUGAAUGUCUAUCAUAAGCGCAAGCCGCUUCCCAAAAAGCGCCUUGGGCAUGUCCGUUUUUCUAUGGAGGACAUUUACCGUGAUUUUGAGUCGGUUCCGGCAAAGCUGUUGACUGAUAUGAAUGCCAAAAUGCAGCUUAAGCGCCGCAAACGCGUACGUGGGAGUAUCAUAAGCAAGCUUGCCUCAGCUGCUGAGCAUCCAAUGGAAAUACGUGACGACUCGUGGCGACAGCGACUCAACCGCCUGCCAAAAGCAGGUAGCAGCAUUUUAUCAGAGGACGAAAACGAAGGAUUUGAAGAUUAUGAUCAGGAGGUAAGUGUGCUGAGCGGAAACUCAGUUUGUCUGGAUGGUACAUUUCCACCUACACCAGUAGGUAUUCCACUGCAAGAGUGUGAAACGGAAGCUAAAAUUUAUUUGAGUAUCCGGUAUGUGAACGACAUGCGGCGUUACGCGUAG